AUGGACACAUCGAAGGACGCAGAGAGUAUAGACCCAUCCGUUCCAGUACCUGGGCUCCAGCCCUCAGACGAGCCAUUGGCUACACAGGAGCAGCAGGACGCCACGCUUCAGCCCAAGAGGAGCGUACUCAAGACCAUUCUCAGAGCCAUCUUCUUCGCCCUCGUAUACGUCAGCUUCUACUCCUGGAUGAUGGCGACGAUGGCCGGCGUCUCCUACACGGUCACGCACUGGGUCCUUCGAACCAUCGUGUCUCGCUGGCCCUCGCUUGACCCCUCCGGGUCAUUCCAGGCGAUCGACCCAAUAACCGCCUUUGCUGCAGUGCAGGCAAGCGGCUAUCUCGUCUACCUACCCCGCGCAUUGGUGACGAUGGUCCCUACCGUCCUUGUCUUCCAUAAAUCCGAGACCGCUCCCCGUGGACGGACGAUCGAGCCGUUCAAGCAGUGGUGGGCGCGCCCGACUGCAUCCAUUCCUUCAUUCGUCGUCCGUAUAUUCAAGAGCGCAUUCCUGUUUGCGGUGGGCCCACUGGGGGCUUUGCUGCGUCCUGUUGGCCGCGAGCCAUGGCUAGAUGUCCGGCACGCUAUGGUGGUCGCCACCGUGGUGUGCGCGUGGCACGCCACGUUCCAGGCUCUUGUCUGGCUAUGGCAGUCUCGGAAGCCGGCUAUCCAGCUCACGGAUGAGAAGGAUGUCGAGGUGGAGUCGAUGGAGCAAGGUCGCGAGGGUGUGGAGGAGCCUGCAGACGGCGGGCGAAAGGUCACCCGUGCCCAUAUCGUCCUCGUCACGCUCGCCACAAUCCCGUGUCUAGCAUUCCUUAUGGCGUACUACAACGCCUACGCCAACGUGCUGGCGCACUGGCUGCUACUCCGCCUUACCACCUCGCGGUGGCUAGCGCCCCUGGACGCCGCCAAGAUGUUCGAGACGGGAACGUUUGAGAACACCAUGUGGACUGCGAAACUGGGCGCAUUCGCCGUCGCCACUCCAUACAUCGUCGUUGCGUUCCUUCCCACGGCAUUCCAUCUCGACGAGGUUACGGCGAAGAAGAACUUUGAGCCAAUCAAGGAGUGGUGGAUCCGAGUCACGAAGCCCGUCCCGCGGGUCGUCAUGUCUGCCUUGAAACCCGUCCUCUGGAUCUCGACAGGACCCAUUGGAGUAUGGUUGAGCAGAUAUUGGCCGAGCGGAAAGGGGCCCGGCUUAGACGCUUGUAACGCGACGAGAGUUGCUGUGGUCGCCUGGGUGUUGAUAACUGUGUGGGAGAAGGCUGUGGGGAGCCUGGCCUCGGGCAAAGCCAAGGCCGUGCAGGCUGCCAGUUUGGCCCAGGAUCAAGAGGAGGUUCAGAAGGAGAAAGACCUGAUCGUGCAGGUGUGAAGUCUUUAAUCUGUGAUAUAGGCGUCUGAACAUGAUUCAUUCGCGGCUCUUUCAUUUGAGACGGUAUUUUGAUCACUCGUUUUCGUCUCGUACUACUAUUGCAUGUACUGCAGGUCUUGAUGUCCGAUAUAUUUCUUUUCAGU